AUGUCUUUUAGUCGACAAGCAGUCAAUACAGAGGUGGCUCCUCCUCCUCAGCCGUUCUACAACCAAGCACUUGUCGCCAAUGGCUUUGUCUUCUGCUCUGGUCAACUUCCAAAGGACUCUACUGGCAAUAUUGUCUCCGGAACCGUCCAGGAUCGUGCGAAUCAAUGCAUCAAAAACCUGAAAGCAGUACUUGAAUCAGCGGGCUCCAGCUUGGAGAAGAUGGUCGAGGUUAAUGUUUUUCUGGCCGACAUGGAGGAUUUUGAGAAGAUGAACGAGACGUAUUUGAAGUGGUUUAGCGAGAUAAAACCCGUCCGAACUUGCCUUGCGGUCAAGUCAAUCCCUGAAUAUACUGAUGUUGAGAUGAAAUGUAUUGCGCUCUUGUGA